CACCUGGGUUGGUUGUUAUGCAACUAACCCAUAUAGAAGAUAGCAAUAAUCCCAAUUUAAGGAAGCGCGACAGUUUCACAUCUCGCGACUUUCAACACACAAACACCAUCAACAUGUGACAAAGGCAUGCUAUCAUGAUUUUGAAACAUAUAAGCCGUUCUUUCGCACAUUUAUCUCGUCAACCAUGGUCCAUCGCGUCCCAUCGACGUGUCCACUACUGCACAACAAGCGGCAAGCUCAGUGACCCCUUGCGGAUACUGUUCUGCGGCUCGGACAAUGUGAGCGUCGAAGCGCUUCAAGCCGUCCACACGGAGUCCUUGCACAAUCCAGAGUUGGUUGAGAGGGUCGAAGUAGGCGUGCUGCCCCCAAAGGCGUCGGGUCGAGGGUUGAAGACAAAGGUGGAGUUACCAUGCGAGAAAGCGGCGGCGAGUCUGGGGCUGCAGUGCCACCAGAUUCCGACAUUCACGGGGUGGCAUAUGCCCGAUGAUAUCAAUCUCAUCAUCGCCGUGUCGUUUGGACUGUUCGUCCCGCCACGAUUGCUGCGACAGGCGAAAUAUGGUGGGCUCAACGUUCAUCCAUCAUUUCUACCAGACUUGCGGGGACCGGCGCCGAUACAUCACGCUGUUCUCCAAGGUGAUACUCAUACCGGCGUCUCCCUCCAGACGCUUCAUGAGAAGACCUUUGAUCACGGCACGGUCCUCGCACAGACCCCUGCGCCGGGGAUAGCGAUUCUUGCGCACCCGACCCUAUCCUUGACUACGCGGAAACUGGGCAUCGAGUGUGCAGAGAUGUUGGUACAAGGGCUGCGAGACGGUCUACACGUCCCCCCUUACGAGAACGCCGGCUGGCGGAACGCAGAUGGGCUCCGCCACGCACCCAAGUUAUACCCGGGUGACCUGAAGAUACAAUGGGACAUUUGGUCCGCCGAGGACUGGCAGAGACGGCUGGUCAUGAAAAGGGCCAUCUGGACAAACGCGAUGACCAACAAGGGCAAGCGAAAGCGGGUCAUCUUUCACGAUGCGAGACCUGUCAGCGCGGCAGAGGUGCAAGGCACCAGAGGCAUGGUCGCCACCGUGGAUGAUGGUGAUGGCGAUCCGGUGCGAAGAGAGGUGGUUGUGGACCGGGACGACGGCAGUGUCUACUUCUUGACAGGGAGGGGGGUAUGGGUCAGAGUGCGGCGAGGCAGGCUGGAAGCUGAAGUCGAGAAGGAUGCUGCCAUGGUGGUGCGCUCACUCCUGGUGAGGGACGCAUGAUGUCGAUGACCUAUAUAUUUGGCUGCCCACUGUAUAUAUUGUAUGUACCUAUAAGAUUGUGCUGACAAGCCAAUAUCAGACUCAACUGUACACAUGCCUGGGUGGCCUCGACUUCGACCUGCAGUGCCAAUC